CCGCAGCGCCUUUCUCCAUUCGUUUUUUUUACAGCGUGUGAAAGCAGCAAGAUACUCAGCAGCUCAAGAUGUCUGGAAGAGGAAAGACCACCGCCGGCAAGAUCAAGGCAAAGUCCAAGUCCCGCUCCUCCAGAGCCGGUCUCCAGUUCCCAGUCGGCAGAGUGCACAGGCUGCUCCGGAAGGGCAAUUACUCGCACCGCAUCGGUGCCGGAGCUCCGGUGUAUCUGGCCGCCGUGCUGGAGUACCUGACCGCCGAAAUCCUGGAGUUGGCCGGCAAUGCCGCCCGAGAUAAUAAGAAGACCCGAAUCAUCCCCCGCCAUCUGCAGCUGGCCAUCCGCAACGAUGAGGAGCUCAACAGACUGCUGGGCGGAGUGACCAUCGCUCAGGGCGGAGUGUUACCCAACAUCCAGGCCGUACUCCUACCGAAGAAGAGCGGGGCCGCCGCCGCAGCUCCUGCCGCCAAAUCAUCCACCGCUAAAUCCGGCAAGUCUACCGCCAAAUCCGCCGGGAAGAAGAGUUCUCAGCAGUCCCAGGAGUACUGAGAACGACGCCGACCUCCGCUAUCCCCUCACCACCCCUCCUCAACACAAAGGCCCUUCUAAGGGCCACCA